GUGACAUAUACCUGCACAAACACAGAUAUCGGUACAACUAUGAACUCCAUACAUGAAGAAUUAACAAAAAUGGAUAUAUGGUGUGACACCUGGAGACUUGAGUUUAAUGUCGAAAAGUGUGGCUGGCUCUGCAUAGGCUGUCCCAACCUAGAACUCGACCUAGCAAUUCAGGGCCACAAAAUCCCUAGACUCAAAUCUGUGCUAGACCUAGGACUGACAUAUUCACACAAUCUAUCAUUUUCUGAGCAUAUCUCGAAACAAGUAUCGAAAUCACGCAGGCUUAUUGGUUUCCUACUCAGGAACUUCUACAGAAGUGAAUCCAGAAUACUACUGUACAAGGUUUGUGUGCGCCCACUCCUAGACUAUUGUUCAUUCAUAUUUAGUAGUAUACGCAUAGAAGACAAACUGAAAGUAGGAGUACAGAGGUACUUCACGCUAAAAGUACUCGGAACCGAAAACGGCACAAACUACUCUACCAGAUGUGAAAUUCUAGGACUAGAAACAUUAUGGUUAAGACGACUGCGACUAAAUCUGGUACUCUUCUAUAAACUACUUAACCACAUAGUGUAUACCCCUACUAAUUGUACUCGGUUUUCAGAAGACACUGGAUAUAACCUUAGACACACUAAAGGUACGGUGGCUAUAGAACAAUGUAAAACAGCCACCAGGCAAAACUUUUUCAUGAUUAGGUAUGCCCAAAUAUGGAACAAACUACCUGAGGAAAUGCGACUAGCAAGCUCACUGGUGCCCUUUGAAAAAGCUCUUAAUGACACACUAAGUGGGUUUGCAAGUGAUAACAGCGCUAAUUCCCAUGUAAGAGCUUCAGAAAUUAUAGGCCCAUUUAAUGUUUGAACUUAGAGACUACACCUGUUGUUUCGUUUGUCUUUAUCUAUAAUUUCAGACAAACAAGCAGUAGUCAUGAAAAUAACACCCAUACACAUAAGAGUCGACCGAAUUAUGUCUACCUGAUACAAAGCCUGAACCAUAAUCAACAUACGAAUGAAAUAUGAGAAAACAAGGUCGAGACUUACCACAACAUCACAUGGAAGGAUA